GUAAUACUUUGACAAAAUUAAACGUGAUGUUAUAAUUAAGUCAUAUAUUGAAGGUGGUUUAAAGAUGAUUAAUUUAAAAUCUUUUAUAACAGGUCUUAAGACAACAUGGGUAAGGCGGAUUUACAAAGAUAAUGCUAGUUGGAUGUAUAUUACAGAUAAAUAUAUGGAUACAUUUGCUUUGCCAUGGCAAAUUGUGGACUUCAAAAACUCAAAACUACUUUGGAAGAAUGUACAAAUUUGUUUUGGAAAGAUGUUCUGAAAGCUUGGUAUAUAACAAUAGAUGGGUCCAAUACUUACAAUGAAAAAGAAUGUAAAAAUCCUUUGUGGUAUAAUUAUAACAUCAAAAUAAACAACAAACCUGCUUUCUGCAAAGAAUGGUUCAGGAAAGGGGUAAUGUAUAUAUAUGAUAUUGUUAAAAAAGAUGGCUCAUUUUAUAAUUUUGAAGAAUUUCAACAAAAAUAUGGUAUAAGAUCCAACUUUUUAACAUUCAUGGUAUUAUUAGAGCUGUAAAACAUUUUAUAAAUAGUAAACAGGAAACUUUCUCUUCAGCAAUCUGUUUACCAAACAUACCUUUAAAUUUGAAAGUUAUACUAAGAAAUAAAAAAAGGGACACAUGACAUUUAUAUAAUCUUGUGUCAUAAUCACACAAAGCCUACAUCACAAAGAAAAUGGUCUUUAAUUUUUAACAUCCAGGAAAACCAAUGGAAAGAAAUGUAUGCAAAUGUUGUUAAAACCACUAAAUAGUACAAAACUAAGAUGGCUUCAAUACAGAAUCAAUCAUAGAAUUUUAACUACAAAUACAAUUCUACAUAAAAUGGGUAUAAAACAAGAUAAUUUAUGUACAUUCUGUAGAAAUUUUCCAGAAACCAUUGAACACAUUUUUUGGGAUUGUGAUAAGGUUAGUGCUCUUUUACGUGAAUUAAAACAACUACUAGCUGCUAACAACAUUUUUGUCGAUUUUAUUAAACAGGAAUUUAUACUUAGAAAAUUUAGUUUCAGUGAUGCAGAUUUGGUAUUAGAUAACCUUAUUUUACUAUUGAUUAAACAAUAUUUGUUUAAAAUGAAAUGUUUAGAAAAAGAUAUCAAUUUAAUAAGUUUAAAAAACCAUAUACUGUUUGAACUGAAAGCUCAUAAGCUGAUGAUAGUUAGGCAUAAGGCAUACCGAAACAACGUUGAGUUACAAAAUAAUCUUGAAAACUGCCUUAACAUAUGAUUUUUUUUAAUAUCUCUAUGAUGUGGUUUUAUUAAAUGAAACAGUUUUGUGCUGUCAAUUUAAAGUUCAUGUCUAUACUUUUAUGUGUAUGAUGUAUACACUAUUUACCAUCUGUGUAAUGAAACAAUUAGUCCGAGGCUGCAAAAGAAAAUCCCCCCCGAAGAAAAUUGAUAUAUUUCAAUUUAACUAAAUGACAUGCUUAUAUUGUAUACCGAUAUAAUUGAAUGUAGUGUUUUUAGUAAGAAACAUGGAAACUGAAGUAGAGAUGGAGGCUAGGAAUAGUCAGAGUGCCCUGGGUAAUGACCAGUUGGAUCGUCUGAUGACUUCGGAUACAGAUAAAGAAAAACAGGACGAAACAAUUGACUAUCCUAACACCGAGGUUGAUCUAGAGACUGGCGACAUAAGCAUUCCCGGAAGACAGGAUCAAAGUUUCUCACCGCUUGGCGUCAUUAUUCGAGUUCGUCAAUCAUGUGAUGCUUGCUGCAAAUCAAACCAGGACAGACUAAAACAAGUUAUCACGAAUAUUUUACUGUUAGGAUACCUCGCCUAUUUUGUGUACGCGAUGCUAUACAGGUUUGGUGAUGAAGGGUCAGUCCGCCUGAUGGUGGUCACUCUUGUUGUUGCUAUGGGAUUUGUUGUCAGGACGACUUUCAGGAAGUUAGGUCCUCUGGUGUCAUCGUCCAUACAGUCCACUUCAUGUUUCAAACAGCUAAAAGAUCAGUUUCAAAAGAGACGUCUACAGCUACAACGAAUAAUUGGCGUCGUUGCAGUUCUUGCUAUCUUUAUCUAUAUCUUGAUUGACGUUGUCAUCCAAUCACCGUCAAGCAUCGUCUCGGCUGUCGGAAUGUUUAUAUUCAUAAUAGUCAUGUUCUUUUUCUCCAAAGAUCCGGCCAAGGUCGUGUGGCGACCUGUGUUAUGGGGACUACUUUUACAAGUUAUCUUUGCACUGAUCGUGCUCCGCUCACCGUGGGGAUACGACGCAUUUGAUUGGCUUGCACAACGAGUAACAGAAUACCUCAGACAUUCUGAAACUGGAGCCAAAUUUGUUUUCGGGCCUGCUCACGACCAGCAUUUAUUCGCAUUUAGUGUCCUACCAGUGAUUGUUUUCUUCAGUGCCUCAAUCGCUAUCCUCUAUUACCUGGGUUGGCUUCAAGUCCUCAUCCGGGGACUCGGCAUUGUCAUGCAGCACAGUCUUGGUAUAUCUGCUAUGGAAUCUCUACAUGCUGCAUUUAACAUUUUUGUCGGCUGGGGGGAGACAACCACGUUCUUAAAACCUUUCUUUGAUGAAAUGACGCUUCCGGAACUACACACUGUGAUGACUAACGGAUUCGCCACCGUGUCAGGGAGUACACUUGUCAUCUAUCAUAUGUACGGGGCUCCUGCUAACCAUCUACUGUCGGCAUCCGUCAUGUCAGCUCCGGCCGCUCUCGCCUUGUCCAAACUAUUCUAUCCAGAUGAAAGCAUCAGGACAUCGAAAGUCAAUUUGGACAAAAAAGGGUACGGUCAAAACAUUAUAGAUGCUGCCUCCGUCGGGGCCAUUGGUGCGACGUCUAUAGUGGCCUAUAUAUUGGUCAGCGUGUUGGCCUUCUUUUCCUUACUGGGAUUCUGUAACGCUACGCUUGAAUGGCUAGGUGACCGGGUGGGACUUACCCCUCCUGAUUAUCCCGUCCUAUCAUUUCAGCUUAUUUGCUCGUACGUAUUCUGGCCACUCGUCUUCCUGAUGGGAGUGGAACCAGCAGAUUGUCACGUGGCAGCUAGGAUGGUCGGCAUCAAAACCUUUAUCAAUGAGUUUUUUGCCUAUGAAGAUCUCGGUGAAGUUAUAAGAAAUGGUGAGAAAUUCCGGAACUUUAAGGGCACCUGGAACUUAGACAAGACGGGAAACAUCAUCAUGGAUACGCCCGGGAACGCCACUGUUCUUAUUGGAGGUGUUAUGUCGCAUCGUUCUGAGGUCAUUACAACUUACGCGUUGUGCGGAUUUUCCAAUCUUACAGCGCUCGGUAUCAUGAUUGGGGCCUUGACGGCAGUGGCGCCCUCUAGGAAGGCGGACAUCGUCAGAGUUUCUCUUCGUGCUCUCAUUUCCGGUUGCAUGGCUUGUUUCAUCACUGCUUGCGUAGCUGGAUUAUUGACAACAGACUGAUGGCAUUAAAUACAAGCAUUGAAUGGACGUGGGAACCUGGAUAGAGGCUCGGAAUUUAUUACGUGAUAAUGGUCUUGAUAAACAAAAACACUAGAUAACAUAUGUCGCACAUUUAUGGCAUGAAAGCAAUUAACUAUUGGAUGUAUCUCUGAGUUUGUUGGAGUUUAGGUUGGUAAGUUGUGCGCUCUUUGACAUCUUUACAAAUAGCAGCUAUCGUGUCGGAUUUUAUGCAAUAUCUAAAAGUAUAACAUCCUUAUUUCAUAAAAGUGAAUUUACCAUGUAGACUGAAUAAAUAUUGUGUUAACGUAUUGGAAUUAAA